AGGAGGAGGGACUGACAUUGCGUUUGUGUGGUCAUGUAGUUAGAGGAGUGAAUAAUGCAGUCUGAUCAACUUCAUCUAUGUGUGAGAAAGAAAGACUCAAGCAGUCUCCGUGAUCUGAAAUGAAAGCUUUCUCAUUGCAAGUCAAGAUAAAGCUGAUGAGUUAGUUAUUUUAAUGCCAAAAGUAACAAUAUCACCACCUUCCUUGCGCCGAGUCAAAACUUCAUGCACGCGUCACUUUGUGGAGGUGAUUUUAAUAGAUCAGGACGGGAAAAUCCCAAAAUGGAACUUUUGUGCUUGGAAAAGGACACAAACAUGAGAGCUCAGAGGGAUCCCAACAUAUUCUGCGAUGAAAGAGUCUUGCAGAGUCUUUUAACAGCGGAGGACAGAUAUGUUCCGCAGGGACCCUAUUUUGAUUGUGUCCAGAAGGAUAUUCUGCCUUAUAUGAGGCGGAUGGUGGCAACGUGGAUGUUGGAGGUUUGUGAAGAGGAGAAAUGUGAAGAGGAUGUUUUUCCCUUGGCUAUGAACUACCUGGACAGAUUUUUAGCUGUAGUUCCCACAAGAAAAUGUUAUUUGCAGCUCUUAGGGGCUGUGUGUCUCUUCCUGGCCUCAAAAUUAAGAGCAUGCCAGCCACUGUCAGCCAGGAAGCUCUGCAUGUACACAGACAACUCCAUUACAUCUCAGCAAUUGCUGGAGUGGGAGUUGGUGGUGCUAAGUAAAUUGAAAUGGAACAUGGCUGCCAUCACCCCUCUUGACUUUAUUGAACACAUCCUGCACAAACUUCCCUUUCCCGAGGACAGACUUACGCUGAUCCGCAAACAUGCGCAAACUUUCAUUGCCCUCUGUUUAACAGAUCAGAGGUUCACCAUGUUACCUCCCUCCAUGAUCGCCACAGGAAGUGUGGGGGCAGCGGUAUAUGGUCUUCAGCCCGACCAGAGCGAGCAAAGUCUAUGGAAGGACAAUCUGAUGGAGCUGCUGGCGAAAAUCACCCACACGGAGGUGGACUGUCUGAAGUCAUGUCAGGAGCAGAUUGAGCAGUUGCUGGUCAAUAGCCUCAAAGAGAGUCAACAUCAACAUACACAGGAGCACGGUGCCACCAAAAAAGGGGCACAAUCUCAGAAUCUGUCCUGCACCCCUACAGAUGUCCGUGAUGUCAACCUAUGAUGUCACUUUCAUUUUUAUAUCAUCACACCUCCUUAACCGGCAAAUGACAUGUGACUAUUAUUUUGUUAUUGGAUUUAAGAUUUAUUUCAAAGCUACAUUAGAUGAUGGAGACAUAGUUACAGUAUAUAUGCAGAAAAUUCAAACACAAGCUUGAUGUUUUAUAAAGGAGCAAAACAGCUGCUGCUUCGGACGCAAAUCUGCAAGUGGUGACAUUUUACAUACUUGAAAUUUAAUUGAAAAGGCCACAAAUCAUAAUUAAAUUAUACAGUAUAUUAUAUAUCACUCAACAAAUAGCAUACACGUGUGAUGGCUGUUGCAUACAACUUUAUCGCUUAUUAAGAUUAGAUAUGAAUUAUUAAAAAUGAUUAUUUUAGAGGACAGAAAGCAUUCAUCCAGGUUCAGUUUGCUUAUCAUAUAAUGUAUAUAAAUACAACUUAGCAGCAGAUUAAUUUCAUUGCAUGCAAAAAGCAUAAAUAAUUAUUUAAUAUGCAUGUCAUGUUAAACAGUUUCGGUCUGUGCUCACUGACCAUAUUAAUUUCAGUAGCACACAGGUGAUUUCAGAUGGACACUAAGUAUGUAGUGAAGGUGGAGUAAAGGUGUGGUAGGCAAGGAAGAAAAGAGGUGGAUUUAAGGAUUUCAGGUGGAAUUGGGAAGAUGACGCACGUGAUUGCAAAAUAGACUGAUGCGGAGGACAGAUAGACUGAAGAACAAGGUUCUGGAACAUUGAAAUCAUUUAUAGAUUAUUAAGUAGGUGCUUUACAAAUUGAGUUGCUGUUUACUCAUAUUUUGCUCCUAUUAUGUUUGAACAGCAUCACGCGUGGGAGGGUGACAAUGCUGGAGGGAUUUACAGCAUUUUAAUAGUAUGGAAGUUUGAAAUCUUUCCUAGCAAAAACAAUACAAAUGCACUUUCAGCACUCACCUCCCACUGGUUGUCUGUGGAAAAGCAAGAGGAGGGCAAAUUAUUUGUUUUUAAUGUUUUUUUCUUUUAAGUUAUUUUUGUUUUGGGGCUGGUUUCCCAUAUUAGGAGUGUUUGCGGGUUAUAGUUAUAAAUUUAGACCAAUACAUUUAGACCAAAAACUGAUCUAACAGUCAGCUGCCAUAGACAUGGUGAAUUCUGACAUUAUAAGAUUAGUUGUUUUUUUUUCUUUUUUUUUAGUUAGUUGUGUUGAAUUCAUGUCAGGAUAGAUGGGACCUCAUCAAAUUGAUAUCACUUUAUUUUACUUUAUUCUACUUGAAGUUUUCUCAUAUAUUAUGGCAAUUUCUUUCUCUGAUAAUUCUUGCACUUUCUUUGGAAAUCGAUUUCUUAAGUCAGUUCGACUUUUAUUAGUAGACCUAAAAGUUACUCUGAGGCGUUUGAGAAUGUUUACUUAAAGUAUAAAAUGUGUUGUUAUGUGACACCAAUGUGCCAGUCAAACACAACUGAACUACAUUUUUGGGGUUCAAGUUUGAAUGUGUGUUUUGUUCAUUUUAGGGUAUUCCUGUAUUUUCACACAUUUACCUUUCCAGUCAGUUUGUGUGCUAUCAUACCAAUAUGUUAAAUGUAUGUUUUUUUGGUUAUUUUAUUUCUUGGUAAACUUUUUCUUGUGUUCGAGUGCUGCUAAAAAAAACAAAACAAACAAAAAAAAAGUUCAUUUAAAUUUCUGUGUUGCUGCUAUAUCAGAUACGUUGUGUUUUUGUUUCUGCUGGAGAUGGUGUGAGCAUGUCUGUUUUCUGUUUGCAUUUACACUGUCAUUUAUUAUCAGACAGUCUUUAACAAAGCAAACAUACAGUAUAUAAAGUGCCUUGGCGGUUACUUGCAGAUAUUUGCAUGAACAGUCUUGCCUCCAUUUAUGUUAAAGGACUUCUCUUUCUAGCUAUUGUAUUAAUGUAUGUUAUGAAAUGUUUUCUUUGUUUUCAGACAAUGCACCUGCCCACUGUCAUGAUACCUCACAGUACUUCAGUCAGGAAUAACAUGGUAGAGCAGUAGGAUUUAAAAAUAGGGGUUGGGGGAAUCUUCUAACAAUACAUUUUUGUAUUAUUAUUAAUAUUUUACAAGUUUAGCCUCCAGGUUUAUUUUUUAAUUGGCUUGCCAGAUUCACUUACCAAAGGCGACUCACAUUUUACUACUUUGUGUUAUCUGGUGUUAGAUAGACUAGGAUUACACAUCAUUUCGAUAAAACAAUAUUAUGUCUAUCUGUUUUUAUAUCUAUUAAUUCUGAGGCAGACGUAUGUCCGUAGUGCCUUGAGAGAGGUUCUUUUCCAGAGCCAAAAUCCAAAAUCAGCCACGAUUUUCACAUUUUAACUGUAAAUUUGAACACAUUUUGGCAUAUUACAAAUUCAAUUAAAUAAAUCUCAAUUU